CUGUGGGAGGAGGAGUACUUUAGAACUUGACUCCCUUAGUUCUGUAGUCACAGUUCAGUCUCAGCAGAUGUUCUCACAACUUCUCUUGCAAAUGUGUGACUUCUGGAAACUUACAGAAAGAGGUCUUCUACUAUUUAUCGGCUUCACAUUGAUACAAAGCCAUGAAGUCAAUCGCGUCGCCAUCGGCUCGAAUAUAACAUUUUCUUUUAAGCCGUGCAAACUGAACACACUCUACAAGAUCCAUCACGAUCAUGUGGCCAUCCACAUCCCCUGUAAUUACAGUUAUCUUAUACCGGAUAAGUAUGAAGGAAGGGUCAGUGUGAAGGAAUCCACCGGACGGGUCACCAUAAGCAAUAUAACCAAGAGGGAUGGCGGCAUUUAUACUCUGGAAUACAGGAACGGCGAUGGGCUUAGAGAAUUAUACCGCCAGAUCAGAUAUGAGGUUCAUGAUCUUGUCUGGAUCAAGGAGCUAUCUCGUAACGACACAGGGACAACCAUAUCUUUUACUGUUGUCUGUGAUGGAGAACCGGAUGCAGUUAACUGGACCAUGGAUGGAGAAGACCUGGGAGACGGGAGCUGGCUGAGCCAUGAUAACCGGACACUCGCCGUUCCGAACAACAUCACUGCCACGUUCACAGUUCAUGUCUCCAAUCUAGUCAGUGCGGACAGCAAAAAUAUUACUCUCAUAAACGAUCUCAAUGGAAAAUCCAAUCCUUUGGGGGUCGUCAUGUACCCGAACAUUACCAAAGUGAUAUGGGCCGAAGGCGGGGGCCGGCCCAGCAAUCAGACACUCGUUCUAUCGAGGAAUGUCACCAACCUCUAUGUCCUGACCCCGUCAGAGGUAACUAUACUUCGCCAGGACAGAGAUAGAUUCAUCAUCCUACCAGUCCUUUCCAUCUCACUUCUGGCGGCGAUUGGGCUUUUUGUCUUUUGGAGAAAUGGUUGAUUUUCAGCAUCUUAGAGCUUUCACAUCAUCUCAGGGUCUUGCUGCUACAGAGUUGUGGACUAUGAAUUACAUGAAUAUUGUAAUAUGCACAAGAUAGACUCGCUUUAGCGCAUCAUCAGAAUGGCUCGCAGAAUCACUGGUACUCAGUUACCAUCACUGGAUGACAUCUUCACUGC